AUGGGUUUCGAUUUGUUUAGCACCAGAGCCUUUCUAUUGUUCUUGAUCUCAAUCUUUAGCCUUUUCGUCUUCGCCAAUGGGCAAUCACCCCUCUACCACAUUUGUGGCACUGAGACACCCGAUGGGGAUUACAAAACUGAUCUCACUUCCCUCUUGGAUUCUCUAUCUUCUAAAGCUUCCACCUACACCUUCUACAAUGAUACCUUGAACCAAAUCUACGGCCUCUAUCUAUGCAGAGGCGAUGUUAACGCUACUACCUGCCAGAGUUGUGUGAAAACUGCAGGCCAAGAAAUCCAGGAGCAGUGCCAGAAUAAUAAAACAGCUAUCAUAUGGUAUGAUGAAUGCAUGUUACGUUACUCUAAUGAAGACUUCAUUGGAACUAUGAGCACUUCUCCAUGGUUCAUAAUGUACAAUGUGAAGAACAAAACUGAUUCCGGUGAAAGGGAUGUGGGCGCUCUAUCUUUGAUGUAUAAGCUGGUGUCAGAAGCUCCAGAUUCGGAAGACAUGGUUUCCAUAAAAAACGAGACGUCCGUAAAUAACGCGUCUCUGAUGUUAUAUGGUCUAGCGCAGUGUACAAGAGAUAUCAGCGAUGCUUCAUGCAGUAGCUGUUUAGUGGAGCUGUCUUCGGAGAUUGACAAGUGUUGCCAAGAGAAGGUAGGAUGGCGUGUUCUGGGUCCAAAUUGCAAUAUAAGGUAUGAACGGUACCUCUUCUAUGAUGAAGUCUCUGCCGAUCCACCCGCACCUGCGCCUGCUCCCGAUAACCCAGAGGUGGUUGGUGGGGAAUCUGGGAUUGGAAUAAAUGGUGAUUGGUAUGCACGUGGGUUCGAGUUUAUCCAAAUUAGACAUUGGGAGCUGACCCUGACUAGGAGCAAGGUCUGA